AUGAAGCUGAGAACUAAUUUGAUAUAUUAUUAUAGGGCUUUAGGAGCAGAUCAGACCCAUUACGUGCAACACAGUCGCAUGGAAAAUGCGGGUACUGGCAAAGACGAGCAAGUUGUUGAAGGAUCGUACUCCUAUGUAGGAGACAAUGGAAAGACAUACACGGUUCACUAUAUUGCGGAUGCGAAUGGUUUUAGAGCUAGCGGUGAUCACUUGCCAGUUGCACCGCCGAUUCCUGAAAUUAUUCAGAGAGCAAUUCAGUACAACUUACUCGAAGAAUCGAAAAAACCACCGCAUUUGAAAUCAUGGAAUGGGGAACAACAAGAAGAAAACGAAGUAAGCGAAAGUGAAAAACGACAUCAGUUUGCUGUCUCACCGCCGCGCCUUAGUAGUUUAUUUACAGGAAAAACUCCCGAAUCAUUCUCGCAUAGUUUUUCACAACAGUCGAACACACAAAAUAAUUUAGUAGCCGCAGCUAGUUCACAAACUCCGGUUCAAGCGUCCAUUAACUUCGCAGAUCAAAUGCAAACGAAACAAAACAGUGGAACAAUUUCCCCACAAAUAACUUUUCUGGCUUCACAGGGUGCUCACGUUCCGUCUGUGAACGCACCUGAACCCAUAAAUAGAAUAUUCACAACUGAGAAAUCAACAAUGCCUCAGUUAGUAAAUUACGAAGCGAACAUGAAAGAGUCCGAUCAAGAAAGUAACAAAGCUUUGUGGAGGUGGCAGUACGGUAUUAAUUCCAAUGGUAACCAAAAUAAUAACAUUGAGAAAAAUUCUAUAUCGAGAUCAUCCGGCACAGAUGACAUAGUUAUCAAUUUCAAUGAUAUGACUCCCGACCAGUACACCACAAUGAUAAAGCAACAACUAGAGCCAAAUACAAAUGAAAAUACCGGAACGACACAGCAUCUAGAUUCAAAAGAAAAUAACUUUUAUUCUGAUUACAAACCAAAUUCAGAAAGCACAUAUCAUUACACUCAGGAGAACUCAAAGGCUGAAAACAUUGUAAGCAGCGACGAAAAAUCAUACUCAACUGAAAGAAUUACACCUUCUAUUGAUCCAAUUAACUGGCAUCAAAACCCAAUUGAAACAAGAAACAACUAUAUUCCAAAUUCAAAUGAUCACGUUAAUCAGUUACAAAAUGAAGGCAGCCAAACAUCUAGGCCAACACUUAUCACGCAACAAAAAUUUAUUCCUCAAAGUCAAACGGUAACACAAAACUAUAAUUACGAUGACAAUAAUUUUGAAUCUAGGAGAACCAGAAUAUUAAACAGUGAUUCAUCAAAUAUUCAUGAUAUGAAAUUGGCUGUUUUACCUAUAGAGUACUACACAAAUUCAGAACGUUACAGUGAAAAGCAUGAAGUUAAAAACGAAUCGGUAACUACUGUCACUCAUGAACCUCCCACGACUACUGCUAAAAUGAUUGACCACCCAACAAAUAGCGCUAGUAUAAAAUUCACUGACUUUAUUGUACCUCAAAAUAACAAUGAUUUCAAACCAGUAUUUAGAUUCACCGAACCUAUAACUGAGCCUCCUACUACAACAACAACCGAAAUAAACAUCGAACACGCAAUCGAAGAGAACCUUUUCUUAAAAAAUCUAUUUAGAAAUAACAAAAAUGAAGCCGACGUUAAUAACAAGAUAAGAGAUGAAAAUAAUAACAAAAUAAAUCUUCAAGUUAAGCCGAUUGAUACGAGAGUCGAGAAACAGCCCAAAUACCUAUACCAAUCUAAACCCCUCAAUGAGGUUAAAGCUUUAAAGAAGAAGACGAUGGACGUUGUCGAUAUAUUAAAUUUCAUAGCCAAAAAUCAGUUUGAGUCUGAAAGACAACGAGCAAGCGGCGAGCUUGCGGCCCGACCAGAACCAGAGCCAGGUGAACGUCGCAAGCCAAUAGACCACCACAGCUUGGGCACAGCAGGGCAGAUGUUGAGCCUGAGUUGCGAGGCAAGCGCAAUAUGGUGCGGUCACCCCGGCCACAAGCAAGAGAAGGAACUGGAGGGUUUUAAUGAGCAAGAGUUUGACACUCGUUCCCGCCGUGUCCUGGGCGAGAAAAGAGACUUGAUGUCUUUCGCUUAA